GGACAAAACGAGGCAGAUUUCCGCGGCUGCGGGAAGGCAUCAUUUUGAUGUACCACACCUGUGAUUCGUUGUUGCGAGCGAGGAUGGCCGCCGAGUCCAUGUGCUGAGGAGCACACUUCAGCAUCGUCUUAACAGUGCUUCAAUCUCAUCACACACUUUGGACAUUUAACGCUCACCUUUCUUCUCUGCUCGGUCGUCUCGUGAAACUUGAAUUUUUAUUUAUUGUUGUUAUUUAUUUUUCAAAAGACGAAUAUGCCCUUACUUGUGGACCCCUUUGUCCGCUGUCGACUCGGCGCCAAGCUUCUUGUGCUUUGGCUCAGCUUCGCCGGCGUCACCUGCACCGGUUCUGAGCAUGCCGCCACAGCGACACAACCUGCAGCCUUCUCCGACCUGUUACCUCACUUCCUGGUGGAACCAGAAGACGAGUUCAUAGUGAAAAACAAGCCGGUGAUGCUCACCUGCCGAUCCACCCCGGCGACGCAGAUCUACUUCAAGUGCAACGGCGAGUGGGUUCACCAGGAUGACCACUUAAUUGUGCAGACUGUGGACCCAGCUACAGCUCUGCCAGUCAUGGAGGUGACGAUAGAAAUCACCAGACAGCAGGUGGAGAAGAUCUUCGGCCUCGAUGAGUACUGGUGUCAGUGUGUCGCCUGGAGCACCACGGGAACUCAGAAAAGCCAAAAAGCAUACAUCAGGAUUGCUUACUUGAGAAAGAACUUUGAGGAGGAGCCUCAGGCUAAAGAGGUGGCAUUGGACCAGGAGGUGUCACUGCGCUGCCAUCCCCCCGAGGGAGUGCCAGAACCCGAGGUGGAGUGGCAGAGGAACGAGGCCGUGAUCGACCCACAGAGCGACCCCAAUUUUUUCAUCACGGCUGACCAUAAUCUUGUCAUCAAGAAGGCCCGACUGGCCGACACGGGCAACUAUACAUGUGUGGCUAAAAACAUCGUCGCUCGCCGCAAAAGUAACUCUGCUACGGUCCUAAUCUAUGUGGAUGGCGGUUGGAGCGAAUGGAGCAAGUGGUCACCAUGCGGGGCUGACUGUGCGAUGUGGAGGAGCAGGGAGUGCACCCAGCCAUCACCUGGCACCGGAGGCAAGGACUGCCAGGGGCUCGAUCUUCAGUCUCUUAACUGCACCAGCGAGCAGUGCCCACAGACCGUGAGCAGAGCGGAGGACGUGGCGCUGUACGUGGGCAUGGUGGCUGUGGCUCUGUGUCUGACCCUGCUGCUCAUCAUCGUGGUUCUGGUCUACCGGCGUAAGAAGGGAGGUCUGGAUGCCGAUGUGGCAGACUCCUCCAUUCUCACUACUGGGUUCCAGCCGAUGGGCAUCAAGCCCAGCAAGCCAGAGAAUUCUCAUUUGCUUACCAUCCAGCCAGAUCUAACCACCACCACCACUAGUUACCAGGGCACCCUGCGGUCUCGACACGAUGCCACUGGUAAGUUUUCAAUGACCAACGGGCCUCUGCUGGACCCGCUUCCCAAAGGCUCACACACGCUGCACAAUGGGAAGCUCAAUUCGGACCCAGCAGACUUCGUGAGCAGGCUGUCCACUCAGAGCUACUUUAAAACGCUGUCCCGUGAUGUGGCCAACACUUCCUAUGGCACCUUCAACUUCCUGGGCGGCAGGCUGACAAUUCCUAACACUGGAAUCAGUCUGCUCAUUCCUCCAGAGGCCAUUCCCAGAGGCAAGAUCUAUGAGAUUUAUCUCACCGUUCAGAAAAAAGAGGAUUUAAGGUUACCCCUGGCUGGCUGCCAAACCCUGCUCAGCCCCGUUGUGAGUUGCGGGCCUCCGGGGGUGGUCCUGAGCCGCCCCGUUAUCCUGAGCAUGGACCACUGCUCUGACGCUUGCCUUGAUAACUGGGCCGUCCGCCUCAAGAAGCAGACAUACGAGGGCGCUUGGGAGGACGUCCUGUUAAUGGGGGAGGAACUGGCGUCGGAUCCCUAUUAUUGCCAGCUGGAGGCCGAGACGUGCCAGCUGUUUUCUGAGCAGCUGGGCACCUUCGCCUUGGUGGGAGAGUCUCUCCACAUGGGUGCUGCCAAGCGCUUGAGGCUGGUGCUCUUUUCCGACGCCUACUGCUCCACGCUGGAGUACAACGUCAGGGUCUACUGCAUGGACGACACGCAGGAUGUCUUCAAGGAGGUGAUGGCGAUGGAGAGGCAACUCGGGGGUCGGCUGAUUGACGAGCCUCACAUCCUGCUCUUCAAGGACAGCUACCACAACCUGCGCCUGUCCAUCCAUGAUAUGCCCCAGGCCCACUGGAGGAGCAAGCUGCUAGCCGGCUAUCAGGAGAUCCCGUUCUACCACAUCUGGAAUGGUUCCCAGCGGUACCUGCACUGCACGUUCACUCUGGAGCGCCUCAGCCUCGGCACCUGCGAGCUCACCUGCCAGCUGUGUGUGUGGCAGGUGGAGGGCGAAGGACAGAGCUUCAGCCUCGACUUUAACAUCGCCAAGGACACCCGAGCCGUGGACUCCGAGUUCCUGUUAAUGGACACUAAUGCCACUGCCCUCGCAGGGCCCAGCGCCUUUCAGAUCCCGUACCUCAUCAGGCAAAAGAUCUGCAGCAGCUUGGACGCCCCGUGUCCCAACGGAGCCGACUGGAGAAUGCUCGCACAAAGACUCAAGCUUGAGAGACACAUGGGCUUCUUUGCGUCCAAAGCGAGCCCGACCUCGGCCAUCCUCGACCUGUGGGAGGCGCAACAUUUCCACAGCGGCAACAUCAACCAGCUGGCCGCCGUCAUGGCGGACAUCGGCAAGCAGGAAGCCAUGAUCUUCCUGGUGUCGGACGGCGAGUGCUAACAGGCUGAGAGGAAACAGCGGAGAAGACAAGCAGGGUGGAAGAAUACAUGCAGUGGGAAUAGAUCAUCUGAGCUCUCUGUUUUAGAUCAGGCGAUCUAGGAGGACACAGUUUUAAUUAUUUCCACUGAGAGAAUCAUAUUCAAGCAGCUCAGUAACACCCCCAAAUUAUUACAUACAUAAUUCCAUGUCUUAUGUAGCACUUAAUGUUGUCUAACAAUGACAAAGUCAUUUAAUUCCUUUGAAAAAGGAAAUCUAUAGAAAGCCCUUUGAUUCUUUAUUCAAUAUCCUUGAUAUCCAUCUUAAGUUUCAGGUACCAAUGCACUCUUUGGGUCAUAUUCUCCCAUUCGUGCAUAAGUCUGAGGCUGGCUGUAAAUCAUGGAGCAUGGCGACAUGUGAAUGUCAUAGAAAUCAAUUUGGAAAACAUAAAGUCACGCACGUAUGAAAUAUGAAAAUACCUUCCGUAACAGAUGUGUCGUCGCCAGAUUUGAGUGGAUGGGAGAAUGCGCGCAGCCAGAAAAGCGCUCAGCUGCGCGCAUUUUCUGAUUUACGCACACAGUAGAAUAUGGCUCUUUGUCCUCACUAGUAUAACGACUGUCUUACUACUAACUAGGUGAUUACCAGUAACUAGGUGAUUACUUCUAAACAUAAUUUUACACACAUACAUUACAUACAUUUUCACACACAUAUAUACACACAGACACGCACACAGGUCUACUAGUACUACUAGUGUGAUUAUAAAAUUGUACUAGUUCACUCGUAGUAGAAGUGCUAGUGGGCAGAAAUGUCAUACGGUAGUGGAUAAAAAAAAGUUUAAAAGUCUACCCCCCCCCCCCCCCCCCCCAGCCCCCACGGCAGCUACCAUAGUCUGCUGACGCACACUCUGAGCUAGAUUUCCUUUUCAAUUGCAGCACCUUUUAUUUAUGUUCAGUGACAGUUGUUACAUAUUAAUCCCAAAGGGAAUAUUUUUUAUUCAUUAUUGUUAAAUUAUAGAUUUACAAUUAUUUAAACUGUAUUAUAAAUGUAUUGGUGGUUGUGUUUAAAGGGCCACUUCCAAGUUUUGAACAAUGUCAUUGUCAUUUUCUUUUUAUUGGAAGAGAUAAAAUAGAUUAAAUUCAAAAAUCAGACUUUUGGGAAUAAAAUCAGGGAUUUUAUUUUAAGGGCCAUACUACAGUAAUAAGACAGUCACUCUACCAGUGCUAGUGAGGACAAAGAGCAUACUAGUACAUGUACAUGAAGUGCAUAUCAAGGAGAUCUGCUACAGUAUUUAAAGCAGGAGCUUUCUGCAAUACGAUGGAACGUCCAUCUGAGGACCCCAAAUGACCAACCACCCCCCGCCACACUUUGUCUCAAUGUUACAUGUGUGUUCUCUACAGCGAGGACUCCCUCAUUUCUUCACUUAAGUUCACGUGCCAUUGCUAAUGAAGGCGCUGCGGGGCCUCUAAACACUUGGGAAGCAACGGAUGACAUCACAGUCCUAAGUGACGUGUCCUUUAAUUGCUUUAAUUGUGAGGCACACUUAAUGUUUGUUGUUGACCGAAUAAUCUGCAGUAGAUAGCGUCUACUUAAAGGGCCACUUUGUUUAUAGAGUCGUUUUUAUGAAGAAGCCAUGUUUGGUGCGCUUUUCUGUUCCGGUACCACGUUUCUUGCAGCUGCAUUUACAACCAGGCCGCACACACAAAGUGAACAUCCGGAGUUUCGAUCCCCAGUUCAGCCAUUUUGCGUGUGAGUGCGCUCCUCCUCAGGGUUGCAUGUGAUGUCCAUAAAGUUGUCAGGAGACCCCCUGCCCGCCCUCGCUCCCCCAUUCAAGACACACUCAGUCAAACAGCUGGCGUAGGCUCCAAAGCCCCUCGACACACCGGAGCUUCUUUUUAUGAUUGUCCUGAUUUUUGGAAUGUACUUUUAUGUUUCCGUGUGCUUUGCAAAGGGGACACUUAGUUUUAAUGUGCCAUUUUAACACUAUUCCGACACUGUAAUUCCACAGCUACUGCAGCUUCAGGACUAUUAGGGCCACAAACCAAUAGAAAAUUAAGAAACAUUUCCAGAAUGAUGCUGUGAUAUUAUAACAGUCCUAAUAUUAUGAGAAUUUAUUUGUAAUGUCAUUAUAAUAGUCUGAAUUUUUGGAAAAAGAUAGAGGCAAGUCAUAAUGUGGCGAGAAUGAAAAGUCACAAUGUUACAUGGAAAAAGGUGGUAAUGUCCCAAGAAAAGUUGGAAUGUGAUGAAAGUCAUAAAUGGGAAAAUUGAAACUUUUUUUUCUUGGCUUUCCUGAAAUCUUAAAAAAAAUACAUAUAUUUUGAUUGCAUACAUCUUGAUUGCAUACAUCAUCUCUAAAAUUGACCUCUUAUUGUGACUAAAUUCUUCUAGAAUUACUACUUUAUGCAUGAAAAAUAUUUUGUUCGAAUUCAUUUAUGACUUUAAUAUUUUAGCACACUCAACAUAACCUGUUGUAACUUGUUUUGCAGGGGGGUCGGGGGGCGGGGGUCCUGGGCCAAAGGAGCCACCCCGGCUCCCUGUCAUCACUACAAAAACUUUUCGGUGCCAUGACGACUAGGGGCGGAGCUACAAGCUAGUUUCUUGUUGAGCCCGCCCAAAGUCAAAAACGCAAACUGUAGUGUAUGUGAAAUAAGUCAACACGUAAAAUUACAGGUUUUCUUGGACCAUUGUAGGUAUUAACAUUAUUUUAACUUCUUUUUUUUGUCAAAUGAAACUUUUGUCAUAUUUCAACUUAAGUUGCGUGUAGUAUUAGCACUAUAAAUGUUUUAUUAUUUAGUCUUUUGCAACUAUAAUUUUAUUUGUGUACAAUUAUGACUUUUUCAUCAUAAAAUUGCCACUUUUUUCUUGUAAAAUCAAAUUUUCCCAUGUUUUAUUCUAAUAAAUUUGGAUUUAUUUUGUAUUUUUUUGUAAUACUGCAUAUUUAUUUCCACUUUUGAUUGUGGCCCCAAUACUCCUUGGUUCUUUUUCCACCUGACUUUUAUUUCCACUUUCUCCAACCACCAGAGAGCGUUUGGUCCCAAAUGCCACGACACCAAGUGUUUGUGUCAUUUCUGACAGUAGUAGCCUUCUGACACAAAAUGUUCAUCUCACCAAAUAAAUCUUGUUGAAAAGGAUCACAUUCACAUGUAAUAUAAUACUUUUUCUAUCACAGCCACAUGCUGUCAUUUUGCAUAAAGUUUAGUGUGUGUGUCUGUGCGUGAGCUAAAUUGGUAACCAAAGUUUUCCCUCAUCCUUUUCAUUGCAAUGCUGUGUGGCGAGCAUCCACAUCUUUCUGUUAUUUAAGCCGUAAUGUUGACUGUGUGUGUUUGUGUGAUCACUUUGUAAAGAAAUGUAAAUUAUAUUUUAAUAUGAAGCCAAAUAAUAAUUUUAAAAAAAAAUGACACUUAAGUUCCGCGGCAUUUGUCAAGUUAAAUCGUGACGUGUUUGCCUAUUUAACUGUUGUUUGGCGAUCUAGCAGUGGAGACUUUUUGCAGUGUUAUAAGGCUUUAGAGAGGCUCUUUAUGUGUUUGUUGUUUGUUUGCCAUCACUUACAAGUGUCAGCAUUUACAGUACAUAUCAGCUGGAGGAAGACGGUGGCCUUGUUUGAUAAGCCGUGGCAGUUGUUCAGUCGCUCUAAGUGUGAGUGAGUGAGUGAGUGAGUGAGUGAAUGAAUGAAUGAAUGCACGUCCCACUAAACUGGCUGCCGGCAUAUCCCACAUUUGCUUACAUCACAACUGUACAUUUUGUAUCACUCGUUACUAUUUCAAGUCAAGGUGUGUGUAUGCGUGUUCAUUACAUGACGUUGCUAUUGUUUUUUUCUUUUUGUCUGAGUAGGCUUUUGUAUUUGUGAACUUUUUCUUUUUUUGAGUCAAUGUUCCUUGCCUUUCUGCAUUCAAAAAUGCUGUACUUAUUACAUGCCACUGCGCUUAUGCAAUUGUAUAAUCCCUAUUUUCUGUUUUAUUUUGUUUUUGUUUUAUUACCUUUUGUGUUUUUACCGUCAAUGUAAAUUGUUGUCGAGACUUUUUGUGGCAAAGGAAAAACUUAAGCAAAGGGAGAUUUUCUGUACUUUUUGGACAAUGAUGGAUUUGUUGGUAGAGUUUUUGAAAUUCGUUUCUAAGUGCUUUCAAGUAUUUAC